AUGGCGCUUCCUGACUGGAUAAUAACACUGGUAGCCACUUCAUCCUUCAUCUGUUUUUGUUUGUGCCUUCGCUACAGACGGACAGGACAGGUGUUUUGGAGAAAACUGUUCAGCAAGAUAAUGGCCCGAACGGAGAAGCCCUUGUUCCGAAUAGCGUACACACUCUACACUAAGACCAGACUUGGCUACAUGUACUACAAACGGCAAAUGCGGAAAGCUCGUGAAAAUUACCCUGGAGGGCAUUCAGCUACAGAUCCCGUGGAGUUCAAUGGUGUUAAAAUAAUUCCUAUCUCUGUGCUCUCUGACAACUACAGCUACCUUAUCAUCGACAGAGCCUCGAGCAUCGCAGUUGUUGUAGACCCUGCAGACCCUCAGAUAGUUCAGGCAGUCCUCGAGGCAGAAGGAGUAAUGUUAGAAGCAAUACUAUGUACACACAAGCACUGGGACCACAGUGGGGGAAACAAAGGGUUGAAACGGCUGCACAGCUCAUGCCGAGUUUAUGGAAAUGCGGCUGAUAACAUUCCUGGCCUCACGCACCCUCUCUCACACAAUGACUCGGUAACAGUUGGGCGUAUGCGCUUUAAGGCCCUCUUUACCCCUGGACACACGGUAGGCCACAUGAUCUACCUCUUGGAUGGUCAAACGGUCGGUGCCCCCUCCAGCCUCUUCUCUGGUGACCUGGUGUUUCUCUCAGGAUGUGGGAGAAUGUUUGAAGGCAGUGCAACAACAAUGCUGUCAUCUCUGGACACAGUUGGCUCCUUGACUGAUGAUACUCUAUUAUGGCCUGGUCAUGAGUAUGCAGAGGACAACCUGCUGUUUGCUGCUGAGGUUGAGCCGCACAACACAGCCAGGGAAAACAAAUAUCAGUGGGUGCUGCAGCAGCGAGGCCAGAAGCUGUGCACGUGUCCCUCCACGAUUGGAGAAGAGAAGCAGUACAAUCCUUUCCUGCGCAGCCACUCUGCAGAGCUCCACCUGGCUCUGGGUGUCCAGCAAUUCCAGGAAGAAGACUGGACCCAGUUUAGGGCAAGGGUGCUGGAGGAACUGCGAAAACGCAAAGACCUCUACAACAGGAGAUAGUACUACCAAGACGUCCUAAACUUUAGGGAACAGCAGAGCUCAGCUGCACCAGGCACUGGUACAAAAGCAGCUAUUUGCAGGUGAAAGCUAAUAAUAAAUUGAUCUCUAAAGGUACUGUAGAAACAGUUUGAUCUAUUAUCUCAGUGUUAAGGGGCAUUAAGUAGUUUCUGACCUGUAGACCUGUAGCUAGGAUGGUAACCACAACUUCGUUAUUAUAUAAUACUCAUUAAUAGUUCUAUUACCUCUCCAAAUGCUGUAAACUACAGUCAUUUUUUUGUUCAUGAGAAGAGCAGUGCUGAUUUUGUUUUUACUUUUUACAUAGGAUGUAAAUAUUAUUGUUUUGCAUUACUAGAGCAUAGACAUUUUUUUCCUUAUUGAGGGUUUUUUUGAAACACACGGUGAUAACAAUGCACUACACUGAACCGUUAACAUGUUAGGUACUGAUUUGUUUACUCAAUAGUAGUUUUUAGAACAAGUAAUAAAUUGUAUUUAAAAGGUUUCUGAGACAAUCUUUGGUACACACGCUGUAUUUGUUACCCCGGUUUCAGACUUGCAGUGAUGCUGAAGGGUAAUUAUCUUUUCCCCAAAGACUGACAGUUUGGGAUUUGAGUAUUUGAUUGUGAAUAUUUGAUAUUGUGAUAUCAACAUAUUCACCAAAUUAAUGCUAGGAUUCAUUUAAUAAAUCGCAAAGGCACUUUGCUGUUGGUACCUUGUGUGAAAGUGAGCACAAUGUGACAAAAAAAAGUCUGUACAUUAUUAUUAUUUUUUAUAAUAAGCCAGUUUAUUAAUGCAGAUUUUUUUUUUUUUUUUUUUUGUAGUUUGACUUAAAAAAGUAACACAAACAUUCAUUCUUUGCAAUGGUUGUGUUUGGGCUACUUGUAGGGCUGUGCCAUAUGACCAAAAUCUCAUAUCCCGAUAUAAGACAUCUAUCGUGCGAUAAUGAUAUAAAUCACAAAAAUGUAACAUUUUCUGUAAAUUCUGUGAAUCUCGGGCAGCUCGUCU